AUGGGAAAAGGUAAUAUUGAUGAUUUAGCUACAAAGUUUUGUGUGGGAUCAAACGCUCAAGCUAACCAAACAUACAGACAUGUCGACUACAAAGAAUUGCGUCUCAAGUUACAGCAGGAAAAACUGAAACUUCACCUCGACAGACAGCAUCUGAAAAAGUUCAACAGUGUUAAAACACGAUAUGGUACCACAUCUGCCUUUAAUCAGCAUAAGGAGGUUUGGUUGAAAGAAGAUAUUUCCAUCAAGUCUCAGAUAAGAUCAAUUUCAGCAGUUAUCAGCGAACAGGCUGAUCCCAGUCAGCUUUUGUGUGAAAAUGAAAUUUGCGAGUUUUUGAAUAGCAUGCAAGAAGAAUUUAAAGCAUUUGAAGUAGGAACGAUUCAGCCAGUUUGGGAAUUUAUAGAGGAUAUGCAACAGUGGCUUCUCAAACCAGACACUAGCAAUGCCAUUGACAUUAAACCAAUUUACGAAACCAUGACUUCUCAACAAAAUCAUAUUUUGGAUGUCCUGAAUGACCAGGGUCAAUCUUUGGACAAUGAUCUCAGUGUAUUUAAUUCAGUUCUAAAAGCGUGGGAGUUUGAGGCAGAGAGUGUAACUGAAUCUCUACUCAGACUAAAGUUCCCUCAUGAAGAAACGAUAUGUGAAUACAUUGAAGAGUACUUGUCUGUGGAUAAGAAGUACAAUGAUGUAUUGAUGGAGUUGAGGGAUUACUACAGCAUCAUGCUGGAUAAAGGGAAGCACGGUGGUUGGUGUAACGAGGACCACAUCCUCUUCAGACAUAUCACUCACCAGUACCCUGUGGAUAAGUUUCAGAGAAGUACACUGUGUCUGGAAAUGCUAAAACUGGUCAUGUGCCAUAAAACGGAGCUCGAGUUGAAGGAGCAUGGCGAGUGGGUGCAGUUAUAUGACAUGUAUUGGGAACACAGGAAAUCCAUCAAGCACAUGCACCAAAGUGCUUUGCAGAAGCUGGUAGCGACCGCAGAGGCAGAUUGUAAACAGCAAUGGGUCCAGGUUAGGGAAAUGCGACAGAAAGCUGAUGAAAUUCUGUCGCAGAAAGAGAACACAGCACGAAUAUUCGAGAAUUUACUGAGGUGUCGAGCUGAUAAGUUGAAGAAGAUUCGAGCAGAGGAGAAAGAAUUAUCAGGGUAUCAGGAACGCAUGAACAAGGAGAGAGCAGAGUUUGAACGAAGACGAGCAAAACAAAGAAAAGCGGACAAAGAUAAGAUCCAGGUUUUCAACGAAAUGAAGGAAGACAAACAGAAAGAGUUCGAGAGAAGGCUGGAGCAGCUUAAGGAUAAGCAAGCCGCUAUGAAAAAGAACAAGCUAGCAGCUGGGAAAAAGCGUGUUGAUCACCGUCACGAGCUUCACGACAAGAAACUAGAAGAACAAGCAGCUGCAGAGGCCCAGCAACACGAGGAGGAGCAGCGCAGAAAGGAGCAGUUAGAUAAACUAGCUGCUACAGUCGCUGUGGAGGCUCCUUAUGAUCCUGCUAGAGUGCACCGAGACACUAAAGCAACCACGGCUAGGUUGAAGGAAUCAGAUUAUAUCGGAAAGUUUCAGCUGUUCAAAGUUGUGGGAUAUGAAGAUAGUGCUAUAUCUGGCGAUAUGAGGUGGAAGGUGGAGAAGGCUUUACGAAAUGCUGGUUUAAUGACUACUGAUUAUGGCAGACAAAUCAUGAAAAAUAUUGCACCUCCCGUUGAACCCCGUAAAGACAUGAUUUCUACUGUUUUUAAGAAAGAUAAUGAGACAUAG